AUGUCGGAGACGGCCCCCGAAGCGCCCGCGCCCGCCGCCCCGGCCGCCAAGGCGCCGGCCAAGAAGGCCAAGAAGGCGGGGGGCGCCCCCAAGCCGCGCAAGGCCUCGGGCCCCAGCGUCACCGAGCUGCUGACCAAGGCGGUGGCCGCCUCCAAGGAGCGCAACGGGGUGUCCCUGGCCGCCCUCAAGAAGGCGCUGGCGGCCGCCGGCUACGACGUGGAGAAGAACAACAGCCGCAUCAAGCUGGGCCUCAAGAGCCUGGUCGGCAAAGGCACGCUCGUCCAGACCAAGGGCACCGGCGCCUCCGGCUCCUUCAAGCUCAACAAGAAGCAGGCCGAGGGCGCCAAGGACAACAAGGGCGCCAAGAAGAAGGCGGCCUCCGCCGGCGGCGUCAAGAGCAAGAAGCCGGCCGCCAAGAAGCCCGCCAGCGCCGCCAAGAAAGCGGCCAAGAAGCCGGCCGCCUCCGCCAAGAAGAGCCCCAAGAAGGCCGCCAAGAAGGCGGCGCCCGCCAAGAAGGCCGCCAAGAGCCCGGCCAGGAAGGCCAAGCCCAAGAAGGCCGCCAAGAGCCCGGCCAAGCCCAAGACGCCCGUCAAGGCGAAGGCCAAAGCCAAGCCCAAGACGCCCAAGGCCAAGGUGGCCAAGCCCAAGAAGGCGGCGCCCAAAAGGAAGUGAAGAGCUUCUCGCUGGGCUCUGCGGGCGCAACACGCCAGGCUUCGUUUUUAAUCCCAAAGGCUCUUUUCAGAGCCACCCACAGUUUCCCCAAAAGAGCUGAGUCCCUCUCAUGGUUUAAUGUCUUUCCUAAUAUGCCAAUUUAUUCUAGGUGGCAAUUAAAAAACCGCGGC